CCUAUAAUCCCAGCACUUUGGGAGGCUGAGGCAGGUGGAUAAUGAGGUCAGGAGAUCGAGACCAGCCUGGCCAACAUGGUGAAACCCUGUUUCUACUAAAAAUACAAAAAUUAGCUGGGAGUGGUAGCGUGUGCUUAUAAUCCCAGCUACACGGGAGGCUGAGGCAGGAGAAUUGCUUGAACCCAGGAGGCAGAGGUUGCAGUGAGCCAAGACUGAGCCACUGCACUCCAGCCUGGGCGACAGAGGGAGAGUCUGUCUGAAAAAAAAAAAAAAAAAAAAAGAGUUAGACUUACAACACUUACCAUAUUGCGCCCACUUUCCAACUAAUAUUUUACAUACCCUACCCAAGUUUUUCUCUCCUUAUCCUUACUCCACUUUUUGACCACACCUGCCACUUUUGACCUCAUAAUCCCUCAACUGCAGCCUCAGGCCCCACCCCUGGGGAUGCUGGUUAUCCACAACUACCAACAGCUCUCUCCUAGCUGCCCAGCCUGGACAUCCUCAGCCUAUGAAACCCAUCUGCCUCUCCAGUCCACCAAUCCUAUAGACCUAUUUGCCCCACGCAAGGCCUCUAGAACACCAUCCUUCUGCAUGACUCAUCAGUGAGGCGAUCUUGAGGGCAUGUUCAUCUACAUCAAACAUGGAGGCACCAUCGAUUUGUGUGAUGAAGCAGGGAUGAUGAAGAUGUUUUUUCAGAUGAAGCCCAACCAUACAGACUAUGCCAGCAAAUACCUUACAGCUCGAAGUACCUACUAUGUUUGUAAGGUGGUGCGUGGGCCACCAGGAACCAGGAUCGAGCCUGCUUACAAAGCUUUUGUGCCUCUCCUCAAGAAUCCGGAGCCCCUGCUGCUUGUUACACUGUGCACACAAUGUGACGCCCUGGAGAGGAGCCGACUUGAGAGGCUUAAAAUGUUAGAAGCCAAGAAGGUCGUUAGAAUUGAACCCUCUGCAAUUACCCCGUCCAAGCUAUCAGGACAAGACAAAAAGAAGUCUGCUCUCAAGUCUAAGCCUCUGACCUCUAAGAAGAAAGUAGUUUUCAGAGAGGAUAAAAGUCGCCCACUCCCUAAACCCACCAAGCAAAACAAGUAAUACAAGGUGUAAAAUUA